AUGCUCGAGAAGGCAGACGAUGAACCCCAUGGGCCGCUGCCGAUCCGACGUCUGCAAGAAUCGUUGAUAAAUCGAAUUGCUGCAGGAGAGGUUAUUCAUAGGCCUGCAUCUGCACUGAAGGAGCUGGUAGAGAACUGUCUCGAUGCGGGGUCGACGUCAGUACGAGUCACAGUGAAAGAAGGUGGUAUGAAGCUUCUACAGAUCCAAGAUAAUGGGUGCGGCAUUCGCAAAGCAGACCUACCGAUUCUGGCGGAGCGGUUCACAACGUCUAAGCUAUCUACCUUUUCCGACUUGUCCAAGAUUUCCACGUACGGUUUUCGGGGAGAAGCCCUUGCUUCCAUUUCUCAUGUCGCACAUUUAACCGUUGUGACCAAGACAAAGACAGAGACAUGUGCAUGGAAAGCUUCUUAUUCUGACGGAAAACUCACAGAGAAGCAGCGAGGGCAAACUUCCGAACCUAAGCCUUGUGCCGGAAAUGAUGGGACUACUAUCACCAUAGAGGAUCUCUUUUACAAUACACCCACACGGUUAUCUGCCCUUCGAAGUGCAUCGGAGGAGUAUUCCCGGAUCCUGGACGUGUUAACCAAGUAUGUUAUUCACAACCCUAAUGUGUCUUUCGUUUGCAAAAAGGCAGGUUCCGCUGCGCCGGACUUGUCAACUCCCUCUUCUUCUUCGACGCCCCAAGCCAUACGGAUGCUUUAUGGCCACUCCAUUGCCAAAGAGCUGCUCCAUUCCGAAGUCUUAUCCACAGAUGGCAGUGCCGAUGCAGAGUCCUGGUCCGCCGAAGCGCACUUCACAAAUGCCAACUAUCAGGCGAAAAGAACUACCUUCUUGCUUUUUAUCAAUCAUCGACUCGUAGAAUCAUCUCGUAUGAAGCGCUCGCUUGAGGGUGUUUAUAACGGCAUCUUACCCAAGGGCUCUUUCCCUUUUAUAUAUCUAAGUUUAACUAUUGAUCCGCGCUCAGUGGAUGUUAACGUACAUCCAACAAAAAAAGAGGUACAUUUCUUGAACGAGGAAGCCAUCGUUGAACGCAUUUGCGAUGAAUUGCUGCAAGCGCUUACCACGAAGAACCAUUCACGAGUCUUUGAAUAUCAAACCCUACUAACCGGCGGAGUAUCGGACAACACUCAUCAGUCCGUUUCCAAGACCCGCACAAGAAAAGACCGCGACGUGGACACAGGGACCGACGAAGCGGAAGAGAAUGAACCAUCAUCCUCUCAGGCAGAAUCUCGGAGGAAAACAUACUCUCACAAUAAAGUUCGCACGUCCCUACAGGACCGGACUUUGGAUUCAAUGUUCCCAAUCAUAAAUCCUAGCCAAAUAGACGGUUCUUCUUCUCGUACUGCUACCAGCGUGUUAUCACCUGGAAUGACCAAGGCGCGGGAAAUUAAAGAAUCAGAAUGCAUUCUUACUUCUGUUCAGAACCUACGACAUAGUGUGGUCAAGGGAAAACAUCGACUUCUCACUGAGAUUCUCGAGAAACACAUAUUUGUUGGUAUUGUCGAUCUUAACCGGUGUCUUUCUUUGGUCCAACAUUCGACUAAAUUAUAUCUUGUCAACCACGCGGCUCUUGCAGAAGAACUGUUCUUCCAGCUGGCGCUGCGUCAAUUCGGCGAUAUGACCAAAUUAAAAUUGGAUCCGCCGCCUCCCCUGCGAAAGCUAAUACAGAUCGCUGUAGAUGCUGAGGAUACAACCGAGGAUACGAAAUUAACGAAAGCCCAGAUUGUUGAUCGGAUAGUCGAUAUUCUCGUGACACGACGAGAUAUGUUAGCGGAGUAUUUUUCCCUCGACAUAUCACCCGAUGGCUUGAUUGAAAGUCUCCCACUCUUGCUUCGUGAUUACACGCCCAAUCUGGAUAAAGUCCCUUACUUUCUUAUGCGCCUGGGUCCGCAAGUGAACUGGACGUCUGAGAAAGAAUGUUUCGAAUCUUUUCUUCGUGAAUUGGCCUAUUUCUAUGUUCCUGGACCAGCACCUUGCUUUGAUCCAGCAGCGCCAAAGACGGACGAACAAGAGGCGCAAGACAAAGCUGAACGAUGGCAGGUCCAGCACAUUCUCUUUCCUGCAAUGAGACGCUAUCUGAUUGCCCCAAAAUCGUUGCUGGAGCGAGAUGUUGUUCAAAUCGCUGAUCUGCCUAAUCUUUACAAGGUAUUUGAACGUUGUUAGAUAGUUCUAUACUUUACGCGAGA